AGUGAUAGCCGGUAAAGUUGUUUAUUUAAGUGAGAGGAGUCCCAAAUGAUCUUCUCUGCCAACCAUACUCACAGGCAGUUUCAGAACCAUGGACAAGACCAAUGUCAUACUGUCUUUUUUUAACUUGCCGUGCGCUUGUUUUCUAACUGAUUUCUGAGGAAUGCUACUUGGAAACGGUUAUGGAUGGAUGUGUCACUGUCAUUUGGGCACCUCGAUUGAACUAACAUUAUAUUUUAUAACUGUGAGUCGCUCCACGCACAGGAGGGAUGUUCAGGAAGAUCAAUAAUGCGUUCCGUCCCAACCAUGGGCACAGGGCUCGUGAUGGCGGUCCGUGGUCCGAGCAGGACUACCACAGCGCGUGCACCGUCAAGCUGGUGCGUAGCACCUCCAUGCUCGUGGUGGGCCAGAGGAGGCAGUCAUCCGUCAACUCCACACUGAAGCGGAGCAAAAGUUCUGUGAACGUAGAGUCCACCACCACCUUGUAUUAUUACCAGAGGCAGGAGGACCGGAUAUGGCUCUACUCUCAGAACCAGAACUGCCUGGAGUAUUUGGAAGAGCUGGUGGCAUUGAGACGGCAGUACACGAGGAGCGUCAACAACUUCAAAAGCAAUGAGACGAAGGCCACAAUCUCCCCCAAGAAGAAGCCGGCGCCUCCACCGCCCACCUCCAAGGACGCACAGAUUAUGAGGACCAAACCGUCUGCCCCUCCAAUCCCCAACGAGGAGGACACUCUGGACUUCUUUGACGCUGUCAUCGCGAGCUGUGACCCUGAGCCCACUCGCAAGCCCCAUGUAGACAAUGGGCACGCUGACGUUGACUUCAUUGUGGCCACCAGCACCAGUGAGCACGACCUCCACUCCAACUGGGUCAUGCGGGUCCCACGGUGUCCCACAGAUGAGUCCAAGCUGAAGAAGCCGGCCCCAACCAGCGAAAGCAGCAGCAAGGCCAAGAAGAAGAACAGCGACAAAGGGACGACGAGCAGCCGACGACACCUACAGAGGAACCCCAUCCACCUGCCCAAAGUGGUGGAGAGUGCCUUCCAGACACUGCGCUUCAAGCCGAAACUCAAAAAGAAGGAGUAGUGGGAACUUUUCCGGAGUUUUAUAACAAGUACGGGAGUCGACUUGGGGAGGUCCCGCGACAUGCAUGCACACAGCUGGCGAGGAAUUGGCAGGGAAGUGAGAGAGAGAAGUAGGCCUAGAGGAAGUGGGAACUGAGCGAGAACCGUGGGGUAUGGGAAUAGAAAGUGGCAUCCAAUGAUCGCAUUGUGUUGGUGUGGACAGGCAAGGCAUGGGACAUUGUUCGCUAUGCCACCAGAAAAUGGCAUCAAAAAGUUUUUGCCAGAGGCACCUGUCCUGACGCGCACCUGUUGGCGUUUUCGCGUCUAAUACUGGCCCUGGCGGCCUGAUAAAUUAUCCAGUCUGCUGCGGCCCAUGGGACUGAUGGGAAUGUAACCCGAUCCUUAAAGGACCAUGUGUAACUUCGACAGCGUAAUUCCCAACAAACACUCUCAUUACUUAGUUACUGUGACUAAACAGACCACCUACUCCACAUGACUCAGCUGACAUCACAAUCAGUCAAGUCUUUCAACUGAACAAUGCAACUGUCCAUUUUCUUUUCCAAGUAUUUUUUAUACACAUUUAGACUAGGCUAAUUUUAUCCAGGUUUACCUGUCGCAUCAGUCUCUUAAGACGAUCAACAUCACCGUAUGAAAUGUAAGAUGUUCCCUAUGUGCCUCAAAGACUGAAUGAUUAAAAUUAUUCCUAAAUAUUAACCAAGGUUUUGCAAAUGGCACUGCUUAUUUAGUUUUAUACUGU